AUGGAAGUAUUAUAUAUAACUUGUGUCAAGGUUCCUGUAACUCCUGAUUUAUCUGUCUAUGUUAAUACUCGCAGCAUUGAGUAUACAACAUAUUCUAUUAUUCCAGCCUUUGACGAAAACCCCCUCUCCCAUCACUGGAUUCAAGGCGCUGUGCCCCGCAUUCGCGCAGCUUUCGAGCGGGCACUGGAAGUGACCUCCAAUCCAAUGCUUCGUUUUGGUAACCAAUUGCCUUGUCUGGCUCUAACUCUAACGCCAACAUUUUGGACUGAUCAUCUUCGAACUGUUCUCUGGUCUGCCUACAUGGCAUUUGAAUGGGCUCUCGCUGGUGGCGCGGCUUCAAUCAGUGGUUCAGAUGAUCCAAAUUCGAACAACUUUGAUGCGCAUAGGAAACAACGAGAUGCUUUCAAGGCAAUAUUCUAUCGGGCGAUCGAAGAUUUGCCAUGGGCAAAGGUGCUUUACACUGAUUUGGCUCGGUACUGUCCAGAGGACGCCGAGGAGGUGGUGGAACUUUUGACCUCAAAAGAACUGCGUCUGAGAACCUACUUGGAGGAGAUUGAUCUUCUAUUCUCCUCAAAAGCUCCUUGA